AUGGCCCUGGCGAAGAGGUCGUGUUUGAUCCCAUGGGCUAGGACGCGAUUUGACGCCUGCUUGGUUGAUGCCAUCUUCCUUUGCGGCUCGGGCUCUAUAUCCAUGAAUGAGUUAUUCCAGGGUAUCGACAUGGCUGUCGGUGCGUUGCUUGCUCGGCCACGACCAAUGAAGAAAUUGAAGCCUGGUAACACAGGCGAAGUAAGGCCUAUUAGGGUCUUGAGAGAGCUCAGGCAAGCAUUGGAAACAGAUCAAGAUCAAUUCGGUCUUUUUUGGCUGAUGGAGCACCUCCGUUUCACUCGAGCAACUUUGGCUCACGACCAUAUCUAUUCGUUGUUGGGCGUUUGCAAUCCCCAGGAGGCUGCUGCGACCUCGGUUCGAUAUGAUCUCGAGCCCGAAGAGGUCUACAAGAGCUCAGUUAUGUUACAUGCAGAAAUACAUGGUAACUUGGAGUUUCUUGGCCUCUGUGCAUCUGAGCAAUGCGGUACCAUCUGCUUUGGAAGAGCCGAAGCCCCAGUUUUGCGUCCCUUCACCGGCCCUUCUUGGGACUCAGCUAUAUCGAUCAACAGCGGAAUUCCUUUCAAUCCUUCCUUCGAGGGAAGACAGCUGACAGUCUCGGGAGUCUUCAUUGAUAGGAUCCGUUCAAUCGGUGAUUUUUGUCCUCUCGAUAAAGCCUUCGACUUCUCGGAUGCCAACUCAAACCUAUACCAGCAGUAUCUGGAUUUCCGGAUGACCCCGGUGGAUGAACCUGCGCCAUAUUCAGAUGGCAUAAGUCGAGCUGAAACUUUCAUCCGAACCCUGAGUCUCCUUGGAAUUUACUUGGAGCCUGUACCCUCACCUGAUGAUAUUCCAACAAGUUUCUACAACUGGUGCAAGGGCUCAUUCUUGUGUAAGCGGUUAGACGCAUACGAGUUCAAGCCCAAUAGUAAUGGUAGAGGACCCGAAAAAAAGACGUUUAUCAGAAUGAAGCGUCUGGCAUCCUGGGAUCCUUUUAUCACUGCCAAGGGCUACAUGGGUCUCAGCUGGGAGGGAGCUGCGAUUAGGGAUGAAAUUUGGCUUAUCGGGGGCUGCAGUACCCCUGUUUUGCUUCCCCCCAGCGUAGAUGACCUGUCCCGGUAUGAGGUGAAAGGGGAGACUUUCCUUAUGGGUUCAUGUUUCGAGGGCAAUUAG